AUGUUUUAUAAAAGCAAUUUAGUAUCUCCUAACAGAACUUAAUCUCCUGUUGUUGUUCAUAAACAAUCGAUUACUUAAGUAAAUAAUCCUCUUUUAACUUAAUAAUAAUAUCAACCAUAAACUUAUUAUGCAUCAUCAAAAACUACACCAAUAAAAAAUUUAGAAUAGAAAUUUGAAGUAAUUAAAUAAAAUAUUACAAUACCUACUUAAAGUUAAAUGUCUCCUGAGAGAAAUAAAUUAUCAAUAGCUAAUGAUUUUGAUUUAUAAGUUUUACGCAAUGACAUUACAUUCAGAGAUUAAAAGAUUAUUGCCUUAUAAAAAGCACUUGAUUUGUCUAAUGAUGAUAGAAUUAGAUUAAGAUCAGCUCUAGAAUAAAAGUCUAAUGCUUGUGUUAAUAAAGAAAGAGAAAUUGCUAAAUUAUUAGCAACAAUCCAUUAAAUGGAAUUUAAGAAAACAGAAAGCUAAAUUGUAAGAGAUCUUCAACACUAAAUUGAAACUCUAAAAAUAUUUAUUUAAGAAAAUGCUUUGGAUAAGUCAAAUUAAAAAUAUGAAGAUUCAAAUAAUAUGAAGACAAAAAUGAGUCUCCUUUAAGAAUAGUUGAUAUAAUAAAUAAAUAAAAAUGAGUCAUUAUAAUAAUACAUAAAUGAACUUAUGAAUUAAAAUAAAGAAUUAUCAUAAAAAUAUACUGAAAAGUGUAUUGAAAUAUAAAAAUUAGAAAUGCAAUUAGAUCAAAUUAAAAUAUUAUAAAAUGAAAUUAAAGGUAAAGAUGAAGAAAUAGAAAUAUUAAAAGGAGAACUUAAUAAUGAUAAUACAACAAAUUAUAAUAAAGAAUAAAGUGCUUUUGAUCAAUAAAAUGAAAUAUAAAAAUUUCUUUCUCAAAUAAAAUAAUAGUAUUUAGAAGAAUCACCUAAAAGAGAUACAGAUGAUUAAGAUUCAAUGAAUGUUUAUAGACAUAUAUAUAGUUUUCAAUCUACUGAUGAUUUUAAUAAAGGGGAACUUUAGAAAAUAAAUAAAUGA